AUGGAUCACUGGUCUUGGUCAGAAACUAACAGCUUUCGACUUUUCACCCCUGAGUCCUUGGCAGCAAUUGAGCGAAGAAUUGCUGAGAAAAAAAGCAGCGACAAAGAAAAAGAGAAGAAUAAGCACGAAGGAGUUGAAGAAGAACAACUUACUCCCCAGCUUGAUCUGCAAAUCUGCAAAAAGCUUCCAUCUCUUUAUGGGGACAUUCCAGCAGAGCUCAUUGGGGAACCCCUGGAGGAUUUGGAUCCAUACUACAGUGAUCACAAGACUUUUAUAGUGCUAAAUAAAAGGAGGACUAUUUUCCGGUUAUCGGCUACACCUGCCUUGUGUAUAUUUGGUCCUUUUAAUCCAGUCAGAAAAGCAGCAAUUAAAAUUCUGACCAAUUCAUAUCCUUUCAUUGGUUUCCCUUUUUAG